AUGAGUUCGAAGAACGACAAGGGCGUCGGCGGAGCUGUUGCCGUUGCGGCGCUCGCCGUGGGCGCCGUGAUCUCGUACUUCCUUUGGCCCGUGGCGGCCCCGGCUGCUGCCGUCGUGAUGAUGAAGGCGCCCGGCGCCGGCGGGCUGCUCAUCUCCCGCGCGGCGUUCGUUGCGAACCCGCAGCUGUACUACAGCCUCCUCCGCACGGCCGGCGCUGCCGCCGCCGCCGCCGCAUUUGCUGCCUAG